GAGAAAGAUGGCUGCAAGAAGACUUAAAGGAAAAGACAGUAAAGCAGUUACCGCCAUAGCCAUUGAUAAAGAUAAAAACAGCCAACACGCUUUGAAAUGGGCUGUCGAUAAUAUCAUCGUCGAUUCUUCAAACUGUAUCCUUCUCCAUGUUCAAACCAAAUUGAGUAAUGGCAUCGUUAUCAUCUCUUCUAUACCAUCAUCACCACCAUCAUCAAUCAAUCUAACGAUAUUUCUUAUAACAGGAAUUGGUGCAGGAGAGAACACAGAGGCUACACAUGACAACCAGGAAGAGGCGCACCAGUUCUUCCUUCCCUAUAGAGGAUUCUGUGCUCGGAAAGGGAUUAUAGCAACUGAGGUUCUUCUUCACGAUAUUGACAUCUCGAGUGCAAUUAUUGACUACAUCACCAAUAAUUCCAUUGCAAAUAUAGUCCUUGGAGCCUCUGCGCGAAAUUCCUUCCUCAAGUCUCUAUCUUUCUCUCAUAUAACCUACUAAUGUA